AUGGAGCUCGACGCCGCCCAAAACCCUAACCCCGAACCCCCCAUCUCCGCCUACUACCAGACGCGGGCGGAGCACCAUGCCGUCGUAUCCAGCGACUGGCUCGACCACGCCGCCGCUGCCGCCUCUCUCCCCGAUGCGCACGCCGACGCCGACGCCGCCCCACCCCCCUCCCCCGGGAGCAACGGCGGCGGCGUCAUCGAGGAGUUCAACUUCUGGCGCCGCAAGCCGGAGGCCGCCGAGGCGGUUGCCGCCAUCAUGGCGCUCGCCGCCGUCAUCCGCUCCAGCAGGGCCACCACCAUGAUGGAGCUCGAGAUCGAGCUCAAGAAGGCUUCCGACAAACUGAAGUCCUGGGAUGCUACUUCCAUUUCUCUGUCUGCUGCUUGUGAUUUGUUCAUGCGCUUUGUAACAAGAACAUCACAUUUGGAGCAUGAGAAAUUUGAUGCAGCAAAAUCACGCCUAAUUGAGCGAGGGGAAAAGUUUGGAGAGAUAUCAUUAAAGGCCCGUAAGACAAUUGCAAUGCUCAGCCAAGAUUUCAUCUCAGAUGGGUGCACUAUGCUGGUACAUGGUUAUUCCAGAGUGGUGUUGGAAAUCCUGAAGCUAGCUGCCUCAAAUCGCAAACUCUUCCGUGUAUUAUGCACAGUUGACAUGGUAUUUGUUGGUGCUGAUGGGGUUGUUGAAAGUGGAGGAAUUAUUAAUAUGAUGGGGACUUACCAGAUAGCUCUUGUAGCUCAUAGCAUGAAUAAACCUCUAUACGUGGCCGCUGAAAGUUAUAAGUUUGCUCGUCUAUAUCCCCUGGACCAGAAGGACAUGACACCAGCUCAUCGACCGAUAGAUUUUGGAGUUCCGAUACCUGCUGGUGUGGAAGUUGAGACAUCGGCAAGAGACUAUACUCCUCCCCAGUACCUCACACUUCUUUUGACUGAUCUUGGUGUUCUGACACCAUCCGUUGUGAGCGAUGAGCUCAUCCAACUGUACCUAUGA